GACUUUUAGACUGUUUUUUUUUUGCACUUUUUAUUUUUUAUUUUGAGUUCAUGGCACAGAAGGAUUAAUAAAAACCUGAGCUCACAUUGAGGUCCAGCUCUCACCUGCAGCUGCAAAUAAAAAACCCUAUUUUGAUUAGGUAUUUGUCAAGCAUCUAAGCAUUAAUUUAAGGAUUAUUAUUAUGGCUUCUUUUUCAAGGUAAGCGUGCGGUCCUGGUUCUCCAGAACGAGCCGGGCUAUGGCAGCCAGCGUCGCUCCUUCACCACAGAAGACGAAGCCUGGAAAUCCUUUCUGGAGAACCCGCUGACUGCUGCCACGAAGGCCAUGAUGAGCAUAAAUGGAGAUGAGGACAGUGCCGCAGCUCUGGGCCUCCUCUACGACUACUAUAAGGUGCCCAGGGAAAAGAGAACAAUACCCCAGAGCAAGCCAGAAGCACUGGUCUGUGAUGUGGAUCCCAACAAAAGACACCAGAUCCAGGCCGGACACCCCAUAGGUCCACAUCAUGAGGCUGGCAUGGAGAGCAGGAUCCAGGUCCUCAAGGGGCCCUUCAAUAUUCUCCAGUUGGCCCAGGACAAGAGAUCCCAGUUCCCCUCACCAGACACAACAGUCACAGUUUCCAUCGCCGCUGUGCCAAACUACCCGCCCGUCAAGACAGAAGUGCCAAGCCAUGGCUUCUCAGUGACCAUCCCAAACAACUGCACCGAAACCGACAGCCAUGUGGGCGUCUUUGACCGCCAGCUCACCCACAAUACGGUCCAGUUCAGCCCCAGCACCCAGUCCCGCACGCCCCCCGACUCCACCUUCUCUGAGAGCUACAAGGAUGGUUCCCAGGAGGUGUUUUCCUUCCCAGGGGAUCUCCAGUUACGUAUGGCCUCCAUGACGCCUGACGAGUACCCUCAGUUUGACACCAUGCAGGGGAAUAAUUUUGAGUACACACUUGAGGCUUCCAAGUCUCUGCGUCAGAAGACAGGCGACGGGACGAUGACGUACCUGAACAAGGGCCAGUUUUACCCUAUCACCCUCAGGGAGGUUGACAACAAAGGCAUGCAGCAACCCAUCACCAAAGUCAGGAGUGUCGUGAUGGUGGUGUUUGGAGAGGAGAAGUGCCGAGAUGAUCAGCUGAAACACUGGAAGUACUGGCACUCCAGACAGCACACUGCCAAACAGAGGUGUCUGGACAUUGCUGACUACAAGGAGAGCUUCAACACCAUUGGCAACAUCGAGGAGAUUUCCUAUAACGCCAUUUCCUUCACCUGGGACACCAAUGAGGAGGCCAAAAUCUUCAUCUCCGUCAACUGUCUGAGCACUGACUUCUCCUCUCAGAAAGGUGUGAAGGGUCUUCCUCUGAACCUGCAGAUCGACACCUACAGCUACAACAACCGCAGCAACAAGCCCAUCCACCGCGCCUACUGCCAGAUCAAAGUCUUCUGUGACAAGGGGGCUGAGAGGAAGAUCAGAGACGAGGAGAGGAAGCAGUCCCGCCGGAAAGGGAAGGUUGCUGAGCUCAACCCGGGUCUGGCCUUUGUGGACGUCAAAGUGCCCGUCCUCCAGAAACGCAACGACGUGACCAUCUUUAAGAUGAUGAACGAUUUCGAGACCCAGCCGGUCCUUUUCAUCCCUGACAUCCACUUCUCUACCUUCCAGCGCCACCCUUACUCAACAGAAGAAGGAGAGGAAAGCUCGAGCAUGAAGAGAUUACCUUUCAAUGAUGAGGAGUUUGCUUCACCCCCAAACAAGAUGGCGAGAGUGGAGGAACCAAAGAAAGUCCUGCUGUACGUGCGCAAGGAGACAGAGGAGGUGUUUGACGCCCUCAUGCUGAAGAAUCCCACACUGAAAGGCCUGGUGGAAGCUAUUUCAGAGAAGUAUGAAUUACCCUUGGAUAAGGUUGGAAAGGUCUAUAAGAAGUGCAAGAAAGGGAUUCUAGUCCACAUGGAUGACAACAUCAUCAAACACUACUCCAAUGAAGACACCUUCCAGAUCACCAUGGAGGAGUUGGGCGGCAUGUACAAACUCAUCCUCACUGAAAUCUGAUUGGACAGGAGGAGGCGACGUCACUGUCAGAAAGGAGGGAUGGAGGACAAUUAGUGGUUUACAUGUCCAGCUAUGCAGUGAUUAUGGACUCGAUCUGAAGCUUAAAUCAUGUUGUCUUUGUUCUGUAUUAAUGUCAAACAGAUUUUAAAAGUCCCACAAGAGGUGUUUUAUAAAAAGGUACAGCUCUUAAUAGACUGCAACGUUGAUUAGAUAUCUAAGUUAUACAUUUUUAUUCAUUUUAAAACCUUUUUUGUGCAUAAGAAUCAACAAGUGAGGACGGGUUUGAUUGUUAUGACACCUUUACUUUGUAUUCAGUGAGUUGCACCUCAAAUAUUAGUGCCUGCUUUUGUACAUUGUUGUGCAGAGUGUUUGUGGUGCUGCUAUACCUCAUGCUUUGCAAGCGGCAGUGUUUCUCAUAUGUUUGAAUUUUAUGAGGAGAAACAGCUCCCUUCCUAAAGCCAUAGCACUGAUGAUUACAAUCCUUCAAAGUUGGGUAUUUAGCAUAUAAAAUGAAGACAGCAAAUUGUUGACGGAGCCCCAAGUGGUUCAGUGUAUUAAUACCAAACAACAUGGCAGUAUUUAGUGUGUAAAGCCUCCUUCAACCAUCAUACAGUUAGAGUAGACUAAUGUAAAUGUUUGUUAUACUUUUUUUUAAAGCAUAAAAUACAUGUUGUUUGUUGAGUGAAAAGGUGUUUUUUUCCUCAGAUCAAUUUAAAUAAUGGCCUCUUUGUAAGUAUUAAAUAGUUGCUAAAUAUAUUGAUGAUAAUGCUAAAACACAGCUACCCUUCUCAUGUAGAGCAAUUUUCUGAAUGUUGAUGAAAUAGGUCAAUGAAUGUCUAGCACAGUCCACGGAGGCUGUUCUGGAAGUGCAAUAUGAUGUUUAGGUUCAGACACAUUCAGAAAAGAAAUUCUCCUUUAUUGCCAUAACUAUAGUAUAUAAUGCAUACUAACUGAUAAAACAGCUUUUUAAAAUGGAAAUAUUGUUGUAUAUAUCCACUGGAAGAAAAAAAAAAGGAUCUAUACGAUCCCUCUUUUUGUAUCUUAGUACUUAUUGUGUAUAUAUUUAUUAAGAAAACGGAUGUGGGUCAUUGUUUUUUUAACCUAUAUAUCCAAAUUUCUAUUAUUCCUAAUAAUAUAAUUUGUUCUUUUUAUAUGAACUUAUUCUAACCUUACAUGUCAAGGGAUAAAAAGUUAUUGAUAUGUUUUUAAUUGAUGUUUUUUUUUUGUAAAGGAUUUGAUGCACAAAAUGCCCAAUAAAGGCUCUCUCCGCUA